GUUAAUGUGAGUAACUUGUUUUAUUUAUUCUGAAACUGAGUGUUUCGUGCAGAAAACAAUGCAUUUUCCAUACGGCCUCUUGAUAUCUUCUGUGUUAAAGGAAUUUUUUUUAGGUUCGGCAUGUCCGAUGAAGAGACUGGUGGCCCCUCACGUUAUGAAACAAAUUAUUCCAUACCCAGUGUGAAUAGUGAAUGGAACAAUGUAGUUGAACUUUUCCACGAACUUAAAAGUUUGCUUGACAACUGCAACAGAGAAGCACAACACUCUUGGGCAAUCAUCGACAAAGUCAAAAGGAGUGCUUCUAUUAUUACAUUAGAGCUUGAAGAUCUGGGGAAAGAGAUCAGCGAUAUAGGAAUAUGCAAUAAAAGCAGUGAGACUUCUACAUAUAUAGGAAUUGAACCUUACAGCGACCAUCUUUUAGGAUCAUUACAAUGUAGAAAAAACUGUGGCAAAUUGUCUUCUGGCAGAGCUAUAACAUCCUCAGAUUCAGACCCGUCAGCCAAUAAUGAAAAUAACAAUGUGGAAAACCGAGAUAAAGACAAUGUAAAUGAACCGAGUGAAAAAUUUGAAUGCAACAACAGCUGUUAUUUAAUUGAAACAAAUGCAUGUGAAAAUUCAACUGAUGGUCAAGCUUCUUAUGACAGCGAAGGAAGUCAUUUUACAUCAGCCAGAUACAAUGGCAUCUCAAAUCGAUUUUCUUCAAGGAAAAAUUGGAGAUUAUCAUCCCUUGCAGAAUCGGAUGAGGGAAUUUCUAUCGUCUCAAAGGAAAAAGAAGAAAUUCUUAAAAAUAUUAAAAAACCUAAAAAUGAUGUUAUAAACGUGAAACUGAACUGUAAAAAUAAUAAAAUUAAAAGUUAUGAUGAAUCAAAACCUGAUUCGGAAAAUUCUUCAGACAGCGUGCCAAUAAAAGCGCAGCAAGUGAAACCAAAUAUUAAAGCAGAAAUUCUUCACAAUACUGACAAACUACAAUCAUCAGAGGGUUCUACAAUUGAAGAUGGCAGUGAUUUUACUGUGCAAAGUGACGAAAAAAAUAUUGCAUCACAAAAUUGCUCCCAAACGACAACAACAGAAGAACAAUCCGUUAUUAAUACAUCCCGAUGUAAUAAUAAUGAUAAGCCGCAAUUAUUAAAUUCUAUAAGCAAUUUGACUGAAGAGGAUGUUAAAGAUGAAGUGAGCCAAGAAUCUAAAAGCGUUGUUUCUAAUGAUGCAGAGUUGAAAGAAAGUAAAAUAGCAGAUCCAGAUAUUUGUGCCCAAGCAAAAAAAGAAAAAAGUACUAGUGAACAAGAGGAUAAUUUAAAACCUCCAGUUAACUAUUUUCCAGAAAGUGAUGAUUAUAUAGAAACAAUAUUGUCUCCAAAUUGUGAAAAGGCUAUGUUUGGUCAGAAGAAACCGAUAAAAAAAUAUUUUGAAACUGAAAACGAGUAUUUGAAACCUAAUAAGAAUAUCAUUGUGAAUCCUUCAUAUAAUGAUGAAAAAGAACAAUACAAUAUACAGUUUUGUGUCCCUUUCACUGACAGAGUUUGUUAUAGUGCUUUAACAAAAACUAAUUGUACCAAUGUUAAUCCUUAUUAUAAAGAUGAUACCCAGUUAUCAGGACAAACACAAAAACUUCCUCCAAUUCCUCAAAGAAGAAUACCUGUUAAAUACUGUGAAUUUUCAAAUGUCAAAUCUAUAGAAGGGAAAAAAACUGUUGUCGGGUGUGUAAAAAGUCAAAAAAAUAGUCUUAGACCUAUUUACAAAGUAAAAAAUAUGCCAAGUGAAGUAAAAUUCAUUGCCACAGUAUAUCCUACUAGUGUAAGUAUGGAAAACAAUACUUCAACAACUGUGACUCGGCAUAAUAUGCAAAGAGGAUAUGUUUCAACAUUCAGAGUCAAUCCAGAAAAAAAACCACGAAUGACUCCUUAUGGCACCACCAUUUAUUCUCAUCAAACUUUAGCAAAUAAACCAAAUUUUAAAUUGGUUACACCUAAAUAUCAUCAUCGUUCAGCACCAUUUCAAAAACAUCAAUUGGUUAACAUUAAUCAACAAAAAUGUAUUGAAUACCCACAAAAUUAUAAUGAGAGUUGUUCACCCAGAAGAAAUAGUCAAAAGCAAAGCAAUGAAAUAGAAACUAUGCCCGUUUUAAACAGACGCUAUUCUAGUGUAAAAUCCAGAACUUCACCGUCUGCAAAAAUCCAUUCGAUAAAUGACGAUCAAUAUAUUUGUGAAGAUGACCAACAAGUGUUUGCAAGAAUAAAUCCAAAUGGUAUGUGUGAAGUAGACAAUCAAAAGAUGAUGGCAGGAAGAGUGACCCAAGUUGAUGAGUGUGAUAAAUACGAUCAACAGGUCAUUGCAGGAAGAUUGCCUCAGGCUGAUUUUUGUGAAGACGAACAGGUAAAGACAGCUAAAGUGAGUCAAGAUAAUAAUUGUAAGGAAGAUGAACAGAUGAUAAGAGAAAGAACGAGUCAAUCUGUAAUUUAUGAAGAUGUUCAACAGGGGCCAUCGACGGCUGAAAGAAGUUUUCAAGGAAAGUACAGAUUUACUUCACAAGAAAUGAAACGUGAAAGCGUAGUUCAAAAAGAGAGAAGCUUUUCUCCCCCUGAAAUAAAGAGGAGAAAAUUGUCAUCAAAUAAAUCUGAAAAGCAAUACUCAGCAAAUGAGAAUUGUGACCCACCGUACCCACAUGAAUCGAAGAAAACUUUUCAACCAAGUGAUGAACAGAUGAUAACAGAAAGAACGAGUCAAUCUGUUAUUUAUGAAAAUGUUCAACAGGGGACGUCAACGGUUGAUAGGAGUUUUCAAGGAAAGUACAGAUAUCUAGAAACUGAUUGUGAAAUCAUACCAUAUGAAGGCAACAAAUUUACUUUACAAGAGAUGAGACGUGAAAGCGUAGUUCAAAAAGAGAGAAGCUUUUCUCCCCCUGAAAUAAAGUUGAGAAGAUUGCCAUUAAAUAAAUCUGAAAAUAAUCAAUACUCAGCUAAUGAAAACAAUUGUGACCCACCGUACCUGCAUGAAUCGAAGAAAAACUCUUGCGAUUCUUCUGUUAGAGAAGCUUUUGAUAAUACUUCAGAACAACGAGUUACUGUACCUUCAGAUGUUACGUUGUUUCAAGAUAUAAAAUCAAUUGCAGAGGACUGGAAUGGAGAAAGCGAAAAUUAUAUGCCAAGAAAGCAAUCUAGUCGACAAAGAAUAGAAAAUAUUGAUAACGAUUCAGUAAUAAGAACGACGAAUAAUAAAAGCUGUGGAAUAAAUACUUCUGAGUUAGAACGACCAACAGAAGCAUUAUGCGACUGUAAAAGAUACGGCUGUGAUAAAUAUUGUAAUUUAAAAAAGAGAGACAACAGUUCAUCAAUUGCAACUGAAUCUCAGUUAGGUAAGGUAGCGAGUAAACCACACAGUGAAACAACAGAAAAUAACCCUACCAUAUGUAAUGUUUCCACUGAACAAAACCAGUUACAGAUUAGAAAACAAAAUAACUUCUUCCGAGUACAAAAGAUGGUUAAUUUUGCCCAACAAAAGUUUUUAACUUCAAAAAACUUAGAAGAAAGCACAUGCAAAAUUAAUUUCUUAUCUUUUCCAAACAAAAUGGCUAAAGAUAAAAGAUCCAUUUAUAAACUCUCUUCAACCAGUACCACUGAAUUGAGUGAUUCUGAGUUAACAGAUAUGCCUGUUCAGCCUUACGAUACCACACAUGCGUCUGUAUGUGAUAAACAAUCCCAAUGUAAUUCUGUCAUUGCUGAAAAAAGUCAGGUACUUUUUAAGUUGAGCAGCUUGGAUGCUUCAUAUCCUCUCAAACAGAACAAAACUGCAGGUACGCUUUGUCAAACAGAGAUUCUGUCGGAUAGAAAAAGUGACUCAAAUCCAAUAAAUUCACCACCAAAAAUUGAAGAGGAUUUAUGUCUUUAUGGUAAUAGUAAACGAUCCACAUUGAAAUUAAAAUCUCACUUUAUGUGCCAAACGGAAAAUAGACCUAUUCUUGAACAAAAUGAAAAAAAUAAAGGAAUGGUUGUAAACCCAGUUGUAGAAAGUCCAACUGUAAAUUUUGAAAUUUCAUCAAAUGACAAACUGUUAAUUACUACAUUUACACAGUAUGAAGCAGACACAGGCAAACCAGAUAACCCAGCAAAUCAAAUGGAAACAGUACCGUGUAAAAAAACAAAAGAAGUUAAAACAAUUAGUACAGAAACCAGUACGGUAUAUCAAUACACAAAACUUAGUAAACCCCCUGCAGUGGAGAAAGUUGACAAAUGUGAAAAUACUAUGCUUAAGUUUAACAUAAAAAGCCCAAAAUUAACAAAUUCAUUGACAAUUUACGAUAAACGUAUUAAAAAAGACCAUUUAAAAAGUCAAGAGCAUCACACAAGCAAAAUUAAUAGUGAAGUCAAAUCUAAUAACAAUCCUAUAGUGUCAAAUGUAUCUAUUAAACACCAAGAGACUAAUACAGAUAAAACUUUUGGCUGCAAUGAACUUAAUAAAGUUUGCACUAAUAAAGAAAAUUCAGAAAAAGUAGGAAGAGCUUGUACAUAUGUUAACACUUCUACUAGCAUGGAAGAUGAUCUUUUAGAAAGGUAUACUUCCUAUGGAAAACCUAAAUAUUUAUCUAAUUCAAAUGUUUUUCUAAUCAAGAAUUUGUCGAAAAGAUGUCGACCCAAAGAAUCAUUAUUAAAUCAACGUAUGAGAAAAAGUACUAUGUACAGACUGAAAGAUUCAAUAGCAAGUAAAUGUAAACACAAACGUAAACAUAAACACAAACAGAAACGCAGGCGUAAAUCCAAAUGUACUUCUUUAAAUACAAUUGAAUUGCUUUGUACCGACAAUAAUGUAAAUGAUAUCAAUAAUGAUUGUAAUUUGGAAAAUAUCAAUCGGUUCAUGACAAACUCAGUCUGUUGUCCUAUAAACAUUGGAAAUUCGAAUGGUGGCAAUUUACCACAUUUUACCAAUCAAGAACUACCGUCAGAUUGUGUAAAUACUGAAAAUAAGUUUAAUAUACCACAUAGCUUUAAGAACUAUGUUUCCACAUACAUAAACCAAAAUAUUUUGCCAAUGUUAUUAUCCAACAAUUUAAUAAAUCUUGACCAAAUAAAUCAGAAAGUAGUCCAAGAUGCUAGAGAAACUUUAAUGAAUAAGUUAUUUCCUGAAGAUUGUGAGGAUAAAAAAAAUGUCAAUUUGCAUGACACAACAGAUAAUCAGUCAUUAAACAAUAAUGGAACUUCACUAAACCCUGAUAUUGAUUCCAAUAAACAAAAUAAAUCACAGUCAAAUUCAUUGCCGUCAGAAACAUCAGAUAUUGUACAUAAUACUGAUUCCAAAGCAACUGUGAAUUUUGUGGUUAUGAAAGACACAAAAGAAGGAUAUGCUGCAGAUUUAGUAAGUAGUACUUCUUUCUCAUUGAAAAAGAAUGUUAAACAAAGCAAAAGUGCAACAUCCAUGUCUGUUAGUUCAAAACACAGCUCAGACAUUAUCAAAGUUACAUCACACCAAAAUUUAAAAUCUGCCUCUGGUUUACAAUCUGAAAAUGAGUCGAAACAUGGUAGAAUUGAAAAGAAGAAUGUGAAGCCCAGUUCACACGAUAGCAUAACUCCCAAACCUAAUGCCAAAUUAAUAAACUACAACAAACUUAAGAAAAUAAUUGCAGAAUAUUCAAGUCGAAAUGUCUGCAAGGGUGAUUCCACCAAAAAAUUCCCAUCUGAUCAUGCUCGAGAAAGAAAGCAUUCUGUAACACCAGGUCAUAUCAAAUUAGGUGAAACGGAUAGUAUUACAAAAAAAUAUGGUUUUCAAAGGAGUGAGAGUAACAACUCUAGAAAGGUGAAUACAAUUGGUAAAAACCUGUCAAAGCAGAAGUCGACGUCAAUAGAGAAUACAUUUAAUAAAUUCCAUAGCUCUAAAUCUCAGUUCUCGUAUAGAAAGCCGAUCAAAGAACUGCCUGCCGAAUUAUCCAUGUACAAGCCACAAAAUGAUGCAAAACUAAAUAAAUCAUCAAUGACGCAACAUUUCAACAAAUCUUCCCUAAAUAAUUACAAAGAAAAAACAUUACAAGCAAACAAAAGUGGUAAAAUUUGUGGUAACAAUGGAAAGACUGUAAAUCAAAAGCAGGAUAGUACAAAACAAAAAUCUAAAAAUUAUUGCAAUCCUCAUCUAAAAGAUUAUAACUCCCUAUCCUUCAGGGAUUAUAUUUCUAAACAGCAAACAAUCUGUGAAGCAGAAGUAGCUAACAUGCUGAAAAUUAUGUCUAAAAGAAAUGGUAAAGUUUUAAAUAAACAUGAUUUAAAAGGAAAUAGCAGAUUUUGGAUUUCAAAUUGUCAUGUCAAACUACUGAAAUCUAUUAAAAAACUGUACUCAAAUGAUUUCAAUUCUGACCAUAGUACAGCAGAAUUGAAGAAAAAAUUAUUUUCCAAAGAUGCUAAAGAAAUUCUAAGGAAGAUUGGAAAGGGUAAAACUGAUAGAUCAGAUCAAACUGAGGCUUGUAGCAAGCAAAAGGGUGGAAAUAGAUACAGUCAAACUUCCAAAGAAAAUGACUUUACUCUUCUGGCAAUGAACAAGAGAGGUAAAUACAAUAGUUUUCUAAAACCUAACAUUCAUACAAAAAAGCUAUUGAAGGAAAAUUGUAUUCAAAAUUAUGAAAAUAAAAAUACUAAUCCUUAUGAAGAUACCGAUCAACUUAAAAGAACUGAUUCUAUAAAAAAGUUAAAAAUGUGUAUUGAACAAAUAGAAAAUAAACUACCGCACUUUAUCAUCGAGAAAAAACAUAAAGUGAGUGAAAAUAAAAUACAGAGAAAAAGGGAUAAGACCUUGCAAACACAUUCUGUUUCAUUGAACACCACUAAAAUACAAACAGUUUGUACUUGUAUUCAGAACUAUGAAAUGCAUGAAAGUGACAUUCCCAAUAAUAAAACAAAGUUAGAAGCAAAUCCUUUGAGUAAGCGUGAAAACAUAGUUGAAUCUUCAACAGAGGACAAAGUUGGAAUAAUUCAAACUGAUAAUCUUAACCAUGACGAGAGUUUUAACUUUUUUGAAGAUUCAAUCAAUGCCAAGAAAGUCACUUCAGAUAAUAAAAUAAUUAAAUGCAACAAAUCAGAUAUCAAGGGUAACACUUAUAUGUUGAAAACUGCAGAAGUGCAAACACAAGUUGGCGAAAUUGCAGUACACCAAAUAACAACAAUUGAAAAUUACGAUGUUGAUCAAAAAAUGAAACCUAUACUUAUAGAAGAAUUGGAAAUGCUUGACCAAUCAAAUAUUUCAACAUCCAGGCAAAGAAUAAGGCCCCCUCUAACAGCACAAGAUUUUGAAUUAAGCGAAAAAAUGCCCUUAACUAAGUCAUUUUCUUGGAUAAAUAAUCUGAGAGGGUUCGAUUCAAAAGAGAAAUUAACCAGCAAAAAACUUUCGGAAGUGCUUUGCAACGUGGAAUCUAAAACUAUAGAAGAGGAACUGAAUCAACAAAUAGAAAAAACUAAUUUAGCAACGAGAUCCGAGAGCCCAGCAAAAGCAAAGCUUAUUACAAGACAAAGAAGUAAAACAACCUGCAACAUUAAUGAAUCAAGUUUAAAAUUCAAUAAAGAGGAAUCAAAAUUAAUGCGAGAUGAAAGAGAAAGACUGGAAAUAAAAGAAAGUAAUGAAAAACAGCAGAGUCGUCAAUCUUCAUCAAUUGAAAAUCAACUUGCCUUCCUGCGUCAAAGAAGAGAAGACUACAUCGAGAAAAUAAACAGUGCUCUUAAAAACUGCGAAGAAAAUGCUAAAGUAACAUACGAUUUUAAUGAAAAAUUUCAAGGAAGACAGUCAGACUGCAUAAAAAGUACAUAUAAAACCAGUUUUGAUACAAUUCUUUUAAAUGAGUCAAAGGACAGUGUGACUCCAAUUAUCCCUGAACAGAAAUUAACCCUGUUAACUUUACCGCAUUUAGAAACUCAAGAAGAGACUUCAUCUUUCAUGGAAACGUCUCAAAAGACGGAUAAAAAAGAAACUUCUAACACCUCUGUUAAUUCAAUUAAAGAUAUGGGGUCAUCAACAAAAAUAAAUAGAGAAAAGCCUAGUUCUGAAAACAUUAAAAUUGUAGAAAUUAGGGAGGUUGAUGAUUCAAAUUACCAUCUUGCAAAGGAUUCUUUUAGUGUUAACAUAUUAGCAGAAAUUGUACAAGAGCAAAGCGAUAAAGCUUUAAAUGAAGCUGACCAAAGUGACAAACAUGUUGAAAAUAAAAACAAUGAUGAGCAAAACAGUGAAAAUGUUGAAUAUCGUACAAGUCAAAAUGAAACAAUCAAUUAUUCCCAAAUUCUUAUCAGUGGUGAACAGAGUAGGGAAAACAUCCAAAAACCGUUACUGAAUGAAGAAAAUAAUAUCUGGCAAAAUCAGAAAAACAUAAUCGAACAAAUAAAAAACCUUAGUAGCAAACAUUCGCAAAACCUGGUAAGUCAGAAUGAACUAAAAGAAGAAUGUAUCCAAAACCAAGGAAGCAAAGAUGAAAAUAUUAAAACUUCACAAGAUAUGAUAAAUCAGAGUGUAGUAGGUUCCAGUCAGUUGAAUAUGCAUGAACAAAAUAGCAAUAAAAACCUAAUAAGCGAUAAUGAACAAAAUGAAGAAAACAUGCAAAAACAAACCAAUAAUGAAACAAAUAUGCACAACCAGGAAUGCAAAGUGGAAGACCAAAACAAAACUAUUGAAAAUCAAACUUGUGAACAUACGCAGAGUAGAAAAUAUACCGAAAAUGAAAUAAACAAGACUGAUCAAAGUUCCAAAGUUGGUUUUCUUAGUCCUAAUACACAAAAAAAUGAAACUGAGGUAGCCAAACAAAUUGAUCAAACUAACUGCCGUGAUAGCAAACAUGAUUUACAAACUGCAGAUAACAAAAAUCAAAAUGUUAGCCAGAAAGUUGAAACAAGCCAAGCUAAUGUAAGUGAUAACUCAAAUCGCACAAACUUUUUAAGUUUUCAAGAAUUCCAACGAGAAAUUAGUGAAAUGAAAAAACGAGUACAAAGAACAAUGAGCCAAGAUAGGGAAAAUAAACCACUUACAUGCAAAUCGGAUGAUCAUGAAAAUCCCUUACCAAGUGGUAAGACUAUUGAAAAUGAUGUCCCAGAAUCAUUAGAUUCUAUUCAAUUUUGGAAACAGAGUCAAAAUAAAAACUUUGCUAAUAAUAAAGUUAAAAAGCCUUUAACAAGCAGUAGUAAUGAUGAUUUAAAUACAACCAAAGCCAAAAAUUGUGAUAAAGUCAUAACUGAAGAUACCAAAAGCAAGGAAACUGAUCACCAACCUGUUAUAAUGACUCCUUCAGAGUUUAAAUCAAGAACCGAAAGAAAAAAAUUAUCAAAUACUUAUAAAUCAUGUAGAAAAGAUGAAAUUAUAAACAGUGAUCCGAUGACUAGCCAAGGGGUUAAGAAAACCGAGAGCUCGCUACAAACAAGCAAUUUUACUUUUCCAUUAGUUUCACAAUUACCUUUUGAGCAUGAAAAACAGGACAGUGAAGAAGAAAGAAAAAACACUGACAAAAUAAAUUCUGUAAAUUCACAACCACUGAUUGAAAUUCGUAGAAUUAACUCGAAAAAUAUUUUAACAGAAUUAGAUAUGUAUCACAAUAGCAUAGCCAAGUGGCAAAUGACACCAAGUAUUGAAGAAAUUAUGAAAAACUCUAAAGGCACAGGAUCUACUUCGAGAAAACGGGUUGAUAAGUCAGCACUGAAAGAGCGAACAAAGGAAGGGAAAAUAAUCAAACGGAAAACAAAUAAAUUGAAAAGUGAUGGUCAAAAACAAAUCGUAUCUAAAUUAAAUGCACAACAAAAAGAAAAAGUUCACGAAAAGGCUAGAAAAGGGUUUACCAUGCCUAUAGAUUCUAGAAAAGAUUGCAACAGCUUACCGAUUAAGUGUGAUUCCUAUAAAGUUCUCAUAGUUACUAAUGCGAAGCACAAAGAGCCCGGUACAAGCAUUGUUCAUGAGACUAGAGUUAAAGGAAAACAUAAGGUUGAGGUAGCACAAAAAGGAACUGUAAAACCUCAUUCAAAGCUGACAAAACAUGAAGACAGAAAGCUCUUGUCACCAUCGCCUGCCAGGGCAAAAUCUACAGACCGAUCUACUCCAAAAGGUGAUUGCAGUCGUGGACUAUCUCAGCAAACACCUCCAAAACUAAUGCCUUUCGAGCUCUAUAAAAUAAAUCAAUUUUUAACUCUUGAUAACAACAAGAAAAAUUUGUCAAAAACUUCAGUAGAUUCUUAUUUGAAGUUAUUACGACAACUGUCUACCACUAUUGAAGAUCUUAUUACUCUUAUGAAACUCGCAUUUAAAAAAGAAAAUGUAAAACUAAUCAAUAAAUUCUAUUCGAGGUCCAAAAACCAAUAUAUCAAAGAAAAAUCAAAGCAGCUGUAUAAGCAUUUAGUGACUGCGGACACUAAAAAAAUUACAAAACAAAAAAUGUGCGGUGACUAUGAUGCUGCAACUAGCACUUCAUCACCAAAGACAAUGUCUCUACCUGCUAAGAAUGAAUCACAGAAAAUUAGUGAUUCAGCACUUAGGGUGACAAAGACUACACUUGAGUAUGUGUAUAAAGAGCUAACAAUGUUGAAGACACAAAUCAACCAAACAAUGUUUGUUGAAGUUCGGAACCAAAUAGCAAGCAAUAAAUCUCUCAGUAAAUCUGAGAAUGAAAAAAUGGUUCAAGCCAUUGACUUAGAGUUGAAUAAAAUAAAAUCACUGGGAAAUCAAAUUGAUAUGCUUUCACGUGACCUGAAGCAACGGAUAGAGAUGGAAGGAGAUUUGGAUGAAUUUCAUACAAGGCUUGAAAAAAGUUAUGUUUCCAAGUUUGAACACGAAUGCACAAAACUCAGUCAGGAUGAGGCGAUGAAGAAAUUGAAACACGAGGCAAUAAUAGAGACUAAAACCCAACUAAACGAUAAGCUAAAUGAAAUCAACAAUCUUAUUCAGCAUCAGAUCCAAGAGCAAUCGCGUCAAGAAAAAGCAAGGAGCACCAGUGAAGUGUCAUUGAGGAAAAAAUUAGAACAUAUUGGCGAAGUCUUGCAGACGGAACUGAAUAAUAUUCAAGCAGUUUUGGCAGGAAAUCAAGUCGAUCUGAAAGAAAAUAAUGAAAAAAUUAAGGAAGACAGUAAAAAUAAGUACGUGCACAGGAAAAGAAAUAUGUUCGAGAAGACUUGUUCACUUGAUGAGAGAAUUGAGAAAGGCCCCUUUAAGCCAUUAGAAACAUCUCCAAAGCAUGGAAUUGGAGGGAAUGUUGUAAAAGCCAAACAGUCACUAGAGGAAAAAAUGAAUGAAGAUCUAAAAGAGAAAUAUUUGAAAAAGAAGUGAUGUACCAACUAUGCAAAUGUGUGAAUCGUGAAACAAUAAUUUUUUUUGUUUUCGCCCAUGUACACUUUUUUUUUUCUUUUGAUGUUUCAAGCAGUAAAUAAAAUAUAUAAAACCAAUUAUCAUAAAUUCAACAGUUCAAUUAUAAGAUAAUCAAUAUUUAUAUUUUAAUCGUAUACUUAGUAGAAUAAUUAUGAAAUAGUUUUAGUGUGAAAUUAGUAAUUUAUUGUGAGAUAAAAAUUUCCGAGUUCACUUUUUGACUAAUAAGUGAACUUAACAGUACAUUUGAUUUAAGCCGUUAAAUUUUUAGAUGGCGCAAGAAAUAAUCCAACAGGCUGAUUCCUCGUACUUUGUAACAAUGUUUCAUAGUCUGGAGUAAUGAUAAUCAUUUAAAUUUUUGUUGAACCGAUUAAAAAGAAAAUCUAAUUAUGGCAAUAUUUUUGACAUUCACUUAGUAAUUCUUAUUAGGCAAUAGUUUAAGACUAAUGUAGUUUUUGACAUUAGGGUUAGAUCAAUAUCACCAUUUUACUUCAAUUUCAUGUAUAGUAACUAUUAAUCAAAUGUUUAACAUGCUACAAUGGUAAAAAUACUAUAAAAAUAAUCUAAGUAGAUAAUAUGAAACUGUAUUUAACUCUAUGAAACUAAAUUACAUUUUUUUUAAAUAGAUGUGAUUGAAUUCAGUGAUAUGUGUUAAAUAUUAUUAUUACUUUUAAGUACUAACACAGGACUUUAAAAAUGUCUUCUAGUAAUAUGCACAUAGUAUAGUUCCUUUUUGUAAAUAAAUAGAUGAUAACGGGUCGUUUUUAUAUUUGUAUUGCAAGAUAUAAAUUCUUAAGUCAAAUCCUGUUUCUGAUAGUUGUGGAUUGUGUUUAACAAUAAUUUAAAAUAUUCUACAGUAUUGUAGGACCACUGUUUAUACAUAUUAGAGUUAUAGCACAAUUUAUUUAUAUAGUAUUUUGUUAAAUAUAGAAACAAAAUUUUUAUUUUAUAUAUUAAAAACUCCAUUGUUUUUCUGAAUAGAAAGGGGUUUCAUGUAUUGAUGAGCACAUUGUGAUCUUGUUUGUUAAUAUUAUUUAAGAAAUAUUAAGUAUUCCAUUUUUCUGAAACAAUUUUGAUAUAGCUUUUGUUAAACUGCGUUAAGUUGGAAAUGUGUGGCCUACUAAUUUUGGCCUUGUCCUUUAUUAGCGUUCAAUUUGUUUAUUUUUGCUUGACGUCUUCCAACUUUAGUAUUUGAAAUUAUAUUCGAGAAAAUGUUUUCAAGUGACGUAUAUGCUCAAUUUUGUGAAUUGUUCAAAAUGGUGUUGCUAAUUUAUUUUCCAUUAUACUUUUUUAUUAUAAUAUUUUAUUUCAACUGAAAUUUUUAACUGCUAUUAAUUUGGGAUAUAUUGUUAAAUAUAAAUAGGGAAUAUCUAUUUUAAAUAUUUUUAUAUGUUUAAGAAGGCACAAAGAUUAGAGCAUUAUAUAAAUGAAAGUUAUAUAAAUUUUAAAUCUAUUUUAUUUUUUUAUUUUUUAGAUGCCAAUUCUGACAUGAAUGAAACAAUGAAUCGUCCUUUAAAACAGUUUAAAUGUAAGUUUACUGGAAAAGUCGUUUUAUAUUACAAAUAACUAAGUUACAAAAUUAGAAAAAAAAAGAUUUUUCUGAUUAGGAUUUACAUUUUAUAUUUUAUGAUGUAUAAAAGAAAUUAAAUACAAAAUGUUUUGUGCUCAAAUUGAUAAUUCAUAUCACCAUAACCACACAUAGAUUUUAGUUUAACAGCAUUAAGAAUUAAAUUUAAACAAGUGUACAUAAUGAAAACCUCUUAAUCUUCCCUAUUAAUUAUAAUGGCUAAGAUACAUAUUUUUAAGAAAAAUGUUUUAAAUAUUUCCAAUGUGAAUCGAAUCAGUAUUGUUACUAGCCAAAGACAAAUUAUGUUAAUAAAUAAAAUUUAUUAUCUAGUUACGUAAUACACAGUAGUGAACUGCAAUAGUCAAUGGCAAAGCUAAAAGUAUUUUACCUCCAUAAAAUUGUUAAUCAUGUUUUGAAAUAUAUUUUGUAAAUAGCAUGUUGAUUAUGAAGUUGUAGCUCAGUCGUACAUGCAAUACAGAAUGUUGUAGUUAAAUAAAUCUCCAAUUAGUAAAUACA